AUGGUGGGAGCAUUAUUUCAGCCAAUCAAUCAAGUGAAAUUUACGAAUGUUGCUAUAGUGAAAUAUAAAUAUAAAGGCAAAAAGUUUGAAAUAGCUUGUUACAAAAAUAAAAUUAUUGAUUGGAAAAAUGGAACGGAAUUAAAUAUAGAUGAUGUUCUUCAGUCUCAUUUAAUUUUUACCAAUAUAUCCAAAGGGGAAAUAGCUAAAAAGUCAGAAUUAAAUUCUUGUUUUCAAUCAGACGAUAAUUAUAAAAUAUGUAAAACUAUUUUGGAGAAAGGCACCCUACAAAUAAGUAACAAAGAAAGAGCCAUACUAAAAGAAAAAAUUUACAAGGAUAUGAUUGAGAUAUUGCAUGAAAUGAGUGUAAACCCUCAGACAGGGUACCCUAUUUCAACAAAUAUGAUUGAAAGUAUGGUUAAAAAUAUUGGAUAUAGCAUAAAUAUUGAUGAUAGCGCAAAAAAGCAAGCAUUAAAAGUGUUCGACACCUUAAGUAAAGAAUAUGAUGAUAUAAUUCAAAGAGCCUUUAUGCGGAUUCAAAUAAUAUAUGAUGAUAUAAUUAAAGACGAAUUAAUAAAUCUUUUAAACAUGAAUAAUGUCAUUAUUGAAGAGGAAAAUAUUAUGAAUAAUAUAAAAAGAGAAGAUAAUGUAAAAUCUAAGGAUAAUGAAAUAGACAGUUAUUAUAAUAAUCAUAUAAAUGAAGAUAAAGGACGUCAUGUAAAUGAUGUAAAUGAUGCAGAUAGUAAUUUAGAAUUUAAAGAAAAUAAUAAAUCAGAUAACACAAAUAACUUUGAUAAUGUAAUACAUUCUAAUAUUAAAUUAAAAAAUGUUGUUAAGGAAAAUAGUUAUAUAUCUAUAGAUGAUGAAAUAUGUGUGAACGAAGAAAUUCAAAGAAAAAACAUAAAAGAUAGAACGAAUGAUUCUAUGUCUGAUAAUAUAAAUGAUAAUGUAAAUGAUAGUGUGUCUAGUAGUAUGAUUAAUAAUACACAUAAUAGUUUAGACGAUAAUAUAGAAUGUGAAGAUAAUAUUUAUAACAAAUAUGAGAAUAAUAAUAUAUCUAAUGAGGAUAAAAUAAAAAAAAAAUAUAUUGAGAAUAAUAAUAUUGUGGAAGAAAAACAAUUAAAAAUUGAAAAAAACGAAAACGAUGAUACAUUAUCUGACCACUUAAGUGAUCGUUAUAAAAUAAGUGGGAAAAAAAAAUCCAAAUAUGAAAAAGAAAAAGAAAAAAAAGACAGACACAUAGAAACAUAUAAAAUUGUAUUUUUAUGUUAUCCAUGUGUAUAUAGAUCUAUUGAAGAUUUCACAAAAGCCCAUAAAAAAAAUUGCUCCAAUAAAAUUUUAAAUAAUAAUGUAAAAAUUGUUACAUCAAACAAAAAAAAAGAAACUAAUGUCAAUAGAGAUAUGGAAACUCAAACAAGUGAGGCCAAAAAUUAUGAUGAUAAUAAUAAAAAUAAAAAAAACAAAAAAAAUAAACAUAACAAAAAUAGCAAAAAUAAUAAAAAUAAUAAUAAUGAUGAUAAUAGUAUGAAGAAUGAAGUGAGUGAGGAAGAUAACAUCAAAAGUAGUAAUAAGAAAGAUAGAAAAAAUAAAAGUAAAAAUAAAAAGGAUCAAAUUAAUGAUCAAAUUAUAACAAAAACUAAAGAUGAUAUAAGAAAUAAUAAUAAUAAAUAUAAUGAUGAGAAAAAUCAAAAUAAAAAUUAUAUUUAUAAUAAUGAUAAUAUUAGCAAUCAUCAAAAGGAAAUUAAUAGUAACAAUAAUAACAAAUUAAAUUCAGCUGAAGUUAUUAUGUGCACUAGUUGUUUAACCCCAAUAGAAAAAAGUAAUUAUAAAUUGCAUUGUAGAAGCGAUUUUCAUGUAUAUAAUGUCAAGAGGAAAUAUAAAAAAUUACCACCGAUUUCGUUAGAAGAAUAUAGAGAAAUAGAUUUUGACGUCUCUCAUUUUCACGUUGAUAUGUGA